UUAGCUCCGUGCAUUUCAAUGAGCGCUGCAUCGAGGAAGAGCUCACGCUCCUCAGAUCCCCGACUGCUGCGGACGGUGAACGAGUGAGCUGCGAGCGAGCGUGUGCGCGCGUCAGCGACGGACACGCACGGAGAGGGACGGAGGCGAAGAAGAGCGCGUUUUCAUUUCAAGCCACCGUGCAUUCAACUCACCUCGAACGCUGGCAGCUGUCGGUCAGCGCAGUUCUGCCGAAAAUGAUUCGGACGCUCCUCUGUCUCUUCGGAUUGCUCGUCGGCGGCAGUAAAGGUGACCUCCAGGUGUCCAUCUCUCUGAAGAAGGUCGAACUGAGUGUGGGAGAGUCUAAGUUCUUCACAUGCACAGUGAUUGGAGAGGCGCUGAGUCUGGAUUGGUACAGCCCACAGGGAGAGCGCAUGGUGCCAUCCCAGCGUGUGGCGCUGCAUAAUGAGGGCGUGCGCUCGCGGCUCACCCUCUACAACGCCAACGUGGAGGAUGCUGGGAUCUACCGCUGCCAGGCCACCGAUGCACAAGGGCACACACAGGAGGCCACGGUGGUGCUGGAGAUUUAUCAGAAACUAACUUUCAGGAGUGUGCCAUCACCUCAGGAGUUCCGCCAAGGUGACGUAGCUGAGGUGGUGUGCGACGUCACCAGCUCGCCCGUGCCUGUGGUGGCCUGGUACCACAAUAACAUGGAGAUCACAGAGGACACUGAUAAGUUCCAGCUCCUACCCAACAACAACCUGCAGAUCCAGCAUGUGACUAAAGAGGAUGAAAGCGUGUACCGCUGUGAGGCGAGAGUCGAGGCCAGGGGUGAGAUCGACUUCAGGGACAUUGUCCUGGUAGUCAAUGUUCCACCUGUAUUGUCCGUGCCGCAACAGGCCUUCAACGCGACAGCAGAUUACGGUGAAUCUGUAACGUUCACCUGCAGGGCGUAUGGCUCUCCUGAACCUGAAGUCACCUGGCACAGGAAGGCAGUGGAGCUCCAGGAGUCGGAGCAGUAUGCGAUUCGGGCGCGGGGCACCACGCUCACCAUCCGAAACAUCAAACAAUCCGACGGCGGCUCAUACACAUGCAAGGCUUCCAACAAAGCGGGGGAAGUCCAGCGGGAGAUCUUCCUCAAAGUGUUCGUCCAGCCCCACAUCACUAAGCUGAGGAACGUGACGGCAGUGGAGGGCAGCGCUGCUAUGAUCUCCUGCAAGGCCGAGGGUGAGCCGCUGCCCGAGAUCUCCUGGAGGAGGGCCAGCGAUGGCCUUAGCUUCUCGGACGGAGACAAGAGUUCAGACGGACGGCUGGAGGUGCGUGGGCGUCACGGUGAGUCCACGCUCACCAUCGUGGGAGUGGGGCUGUCUGACUGGGGCCGCUUCGACUGUGAAGCCCUCAGCAGGAUCGGGGGACACCAGAAGAGCAUGUUCUUGGAUAUCGAGUAUGCACCCAAGUUCCAAACCAGUCACACCGUCUUUUUCUCAUGGGAGGGGAACCCGGUCAACAUCAGCUGCAAUGUCAUGUCCAACCCACCAGCCACUAUGCUCUGGAGGCGGGACAAGCUGACCAUCCCCGCCGAGGGCACAGCCAACAUGCGCGUGUACAGCAGCCCCGGAAGGUCUCUGCUAGAGGUCACACCAGUGUCAGACCGGGAUUUUGGCCGCUACAACUGCACAGCCAGGAACAACAUUGGCAUGCGCUUCCAGGAGUUCAUCCUGGCUCAGGCAGACGUCCCCUCAAACCCCUACUCGGUGCGUCUGAGCUCUGUGGCUCAGCGCACGGCCACAGUGACAUUUAUGAAGCCUGACUCCCAUGGCGGAGUCCCCAUCGGCCAUUACCUGGUCAGGUACAAAGACAUCAACUCCCAAGAGUGGAGAGACGUCAAGUCCCAUGGAACACAAACGGUGGUGCUGCUCACCAGUCUCGAGCCCAACACCACAUAUGAGGUCCAGGUGGCAGCCGUGAACGGGAAAGGCCGAGGAGAGUUCAGCGGCACGAAGAGCUUCCAGACGUUGCCCAUCCGAGAGCCAAGCCCCCCAUCAGUGCAGGGUCAGAGAGGUGUCGGCAAGGCCUACAGGCUGGGGCUUAUCAAGCAGGACGACGGGGGGAUGCCCAUCCUCGAGUACAUCGUCAAAUACAAAACUGAUAAAGAGGAACAGUGGAUGACCAAGCUGGUUCCUGGCAUGAAUGACUUUGUGCUACUGCAGCCACUCCAGUGGAACACACAUUAUGAGGUGGAGAUCACCGCACGCAACGUUAAAGGCUUGUCCGAGCCUACCUUCAUCAAAUUCUCCAUGCCACAGAAACCCGACAUUACAGCAGACUCCCUGUUCAGCAGCCUGGGCCUGGGAGCCGUGGUGGGCUUGGGGCUGGCCGGCCUGCUGCUGCUCCUCGCGCUGGUCGACGUGGGAUGCUUCUUCCUGCGCCAGUGCGGACUGCUCAUGUGCCUCACCCGCAAGCUCUGCAGCAAGAAGACAGCCACCGGCGGCAAGAGCAAAGAACCCGAGGAAGGCAAGGCUGC